AUGUGCGGAAACUCAAAUAUUGCGCCUCCGACAGCUAUUCGCUUUCGCAACGUCAAUGACGAUCCCAGCCUACAACCUGAAAUCCAGUACCGCAUCAAUGACAAGCUGUACAACGAUACGGAUGUAAAUCUCUGGGAGUUGCGGGCAUCUCGCCGUGCUCUAGCCAACAUCAAGAAUCUACUCUUUGGGCAGCCCAUGCUGGAUCUCGUGCAAGCUCAGUGCGAACAAGGCGAUGCCUACUAUCGAUCGUUACUCGAUGCGUCCGAUGGCCAAUGGCGUGAAUGUCGCACCGACAUGCAUGUCCCAGGACUAAAAGUCGGAGAUAUCACGUCCACGCGUCAGCGCUGGCUCGAAAUGAAACAUGAUGAAAUGCACCGCUCGAAGCUCUUGCCAAUGCACCCGGAGCAUUACACUGUUCCUCCACACAUGAACGGCGAGGAAGGGAUCGUGGAAGUGAUUGGGGAACACAUGGCGCGUCUUCGUAUAGUCGCGACAACCCCCAAUGAUGUCCCGGAGUUUGUGAUGGCUUAUGGUGACCCGUCAUACUCUUUCAAAAAGCCGACUAUCUGCAAAUUGAUGGAUGGGACACCCGCGUUUUACAUAUUGCACGAGUUUAGAAAUAACGACGAUGGAUGCGAUUUGAGGCUGCGUCUUAUAUUCCCUGCGAAGGCGCCGCAGGUCUUCUUUGACGAGCAUGCUGAGCAUCUCGCGAUCGAGUUUCGGACGGGGGUGAGGUUGGUGCUUGAGGACAUACGGAAGCAAGGAUUGAGUAUCUGA